AUGGCUCGGGCGCGGGGCGACGAGAAGCGGGAGCCCGUGACCUACGACGAAUUCCAGAAGGUGCUGGACACGACCCCGCUGUUUAUGCGCGAAACGCCCAAGGACACGGGCGGCGACUACGUGCUUGAGGCGCUGAAGAGUCUGGUAUUUGAGGGAGAGGGAGAUGAAGUCGCGAUCAACUUUAAGAACCACGGCAACGAGCUGUACGCACAAAAGUCGUACCGAGACGCAAUCGACGCAUACACGUCCGGCCUGGACUCUGGACCGGCGGACGAAGCGCUGCGCGUCUCGCUCCUGAACAACCGCGCGGCAUGCAACAUCGCACUGCGCAACAUGGGCGCGGUGCUGCGCGACACCUCGGCGAUUAUUGCGCUCGCCGCCGCGAAGAACAAGGACCCGCCGUCCAAGGCACUGUACCGUGCAGCGCAGGCGCUCGUGUCGCUCGAGCGCUGGGCUGAAGCGCGGGACGCGGUAGCCCGCGGCCGCGGGCUGUGGUCCGAGGGCGCGAACCAGAAAGUGUGGGAUGCACUCGCGGCACAAAUCGAGGCGGGGGAGCGGCGCGUCAGCGAGCGCGAGGAGCGCGCGCGCCGCACGACGAUCACGGACGCAGCGCGGAAACUCGCCAUCGCGACCCGCGGCCUCAUCGUCGCGAACACGUCCGAGCCGCCCGAUAUCCCGGAACCGCUGCACUUCGACCCGGCUGCCCUCGUUGACGCACCCCUCUUCCCGAAGGAGGCAGCGGAGGCUUGGGUCGCGCCCACAGCGGCUACGCCGCUCAUCUUCCCCGUCUUCUUCCUGUAUCCGCAGUACGGCCAGUCCGACCUCGUCACCCACUUCCACGAGGAGACCAGCUUCGAUGACCAGCUCGCGCCGAUAUUCCCGGCGACCCCGACAUCCACCUCGCCAGAGUGGUCGCCGUGGGAUGAAAAGCACGAGUAUUACACCAAUAACCUUGUCGUGUAUGUCGAGACGGUCCAGCGCCGCCUGCUCAAGGUCGGCAAGGAGAUCACACUGCGCGAGGUGCUCGCCAAGGCGGUCAAGAUUACCGAUAAGGGGCGGGAUGGCGUUCCAUUGCGCGAUGGGUUGUUGAGCUUUGUCGUGCUCCCCAAGGGCAAGGUGGAGAAGGAGUGGAUCGAGGAUUUCAAGCGCGUGCGAGACGGCGAGUCGGCGCGGAGAUGA